AUGCCGGCAGUACGAAAAUACAUACAGUACAAUCAGAUCAUAAAACCCUGUUGUUGCAGGUCAGAUUGGGACCGUAUUACAAAGACUUUUCUUCUUUCUUCCUUUCUUUCUUUCUUCCUUCCUUCCUUCCUUCCUUUCUUCCUUCCUUUCUUUCUUUCUAUAAUCAUUCAUUCAUUCUUUCUUUCUUUUUUCUUUCUGUCUUUCUUUCCUUCCUAUCCGUUUACGACCACUUACAAAAAAUUCCUUCCUUCCUUUCUUUCAGCUUACGACCAUUCUUUUCUUUCUUUCUUUCUUUCUUUCUUUCUUUCUUUCUUUCUUUCUUUCUUUCUUUCUUUCUUUCUUUCAGCUUACGACCAUUUACAAAGACCUCCUUUCUUUCUUCAUUAUUUCUUUCGUUCUUUUUCAUUCAUUCUUUCUCUUUCAUUCAUUCAUUCAUUCAUUCAUUCUUUCUUUCUUUCUUUCUUUCUUUCUUUCCUUCUUUCUUUCUUUCCUUCCUAUCAGUUUACGACCAUUUACAAAAUCUUCCUUCCUUCCUUUCAGCUUUCGACCAUUUACAAAGACCUUCUUUCUUUCUUUCUUUCUUUCUUUCUUUCUUUCUUUCUUUCUUUCUUUCUUUCUUUCUUACACUCCGACUACAAAGAUCUAUCUAUCUAUCUAUCUAUCUAUCUAUCUAUCUAUCUAUCUAUCUAUCUGUCUCAUUCUGUUCUUAUCUAUCUAUCUAUCUAUCUAUCUAUCUAUCUAUCUAUCUAUCUAUCUAUCUAUCACAGUCUCUCCUUUUCUUUUCAUCGCAUUCUAUUCUAUUCUUAUCUAUCUAUCUAUCUAUCUAUCUAUCUAUCUAUCUAUCUAUCUAUCUAUCUAUCUAUCUAUCUCAUUCUGUUCAUAUCUAUUCGUGUGUGUGUAUCUCUUCCUAUCUAUCUAUCUAUCUAUCUAUCUAUCUAUCUAUCUAUCUAUCUAUCUAACACUGUGUUUAUCUAUCUAUCUAUCUAUCUAUCUAUCUAUCUAUCUGUUUACAUAUUUCUCACUGCUUUUGCGUCCAUCUAUAUACAGGACUGCACCCCAUUUUAUUAUUAUUACCAUCACUUUCGCUUUUGCUUCUUGGGAAGUUUGAGCGUCAGACUUCGAUACAUAUUACGAAAAUAA